AUGGAUAUUAAGAAGAAUCCACGGUUAACGCUAACGGGGUUUACAGAUUUAUUAAGGAUUCCUCCAUGCCUGGCUACGACGAGAAUCACACGAAGAAUGCUCGCCCGCAGUUCCCUUUUCCGCUUUUUAUCUGAACGCUUGCAAGUUCGUGUCGACCUUCCCUCCCAAGGAUCGGCUAUGGCUUUGAGAGCAAAGGAACGACACAAUACGAAGGAUGAUUAUGACAGUCGCCAAGGGUCUUCGUAUAUCAAGUCUGGAAUCUGGGAAUACUGCGGCGAGACUAACGAAUGUUUAUCAGGAUACCACCGUGAUGCGGGCGAUCUUGUAAUGAGGGAGAACUUACGAGUCCGACAGUGCUUGUAUGGCGAACCCUUCGCCGAAGAUGAAGUAGAUACGGUGAUGCUCCUUGAAGAAACCGUCGACACAAAAUUGAGCAAGACUAGGCUUUCGCCCAGUGUCGGGCCUCACGUCUUCAUUAGGGAUAUCUGUGAUAUAACAGUGAAGAAGGUUGGCGCACCCUUGGAGUUGGAUCGUAGGCGUAUAUACAUCAAUGAAAUAAGUCUUAUCAAGUCUAAUAGCUCUCAGAUAUGGAGGGAGUAUAAUCAGUUCUCAUUGUUCAUCACAGCCCCGCACUUGGGAAUUCUGUCGCUCGCUGAAUUCUCCCCGUGUUCAUGCGUGCAGAAAAAGGCUGGGGAGCACUGA